AUGGCGAACAAAAGCUACCUCGCCUUCCUCGACACGUCCAGCAGCGACAUGCUCGCCCGCUCCAAGGUGCCCGGGCUCUCGGCCCUGCCCAGCUUCAUCCCCCACCGCGUGCGCCGCAAGUGGCGGGCCACCAAGUCGCGCAUCCGCAGCCGCCAGUCGCCCACGUCAUCCAUCGCCUCGCUCGAGACGUCGUGGUCGCCCUCGGACACGCUGCGCUCGCUGCGCACCCACCCGUGGUCCAUAUACGACGCCCAGUACCUGUUCCUGGGCAUCGUCGUCAUCUUCUCGCUGUCGGUGAGCGAGGCGCCAGGGCCCUUUGCCAAGACGUUCGCCGCCGCCGUGCUGAUGACGGGCCUGUGUCUGCCCAUCACCCGCCAGUUCCUGCUCCCAUUGCUCCCCACCCUGACAUGGCUAUACCUAUUCUCAAGCUGCAAGUACAUCUCGCCCGAACACCGCCCCGCCAUCUGGGUCCGCGUCCUGCCCGCCCUGGAAAACAUCCUCUACGGCGCAAACUUGAGCAACAUCCUAUCCGCCCACAAGCACACCGUCCUCGACAUCCUUGCCUGGAUCCCCUACGGAAUCGUCCACUACGUCUCGCCAGUCAUCGUCAGCGGAUGCAUGUUCAUCUGGGCUCCACCUGGCACCCUCCCUAUCUGGGCACGGGCCUUUGGAUACAUGAACAUCACGGCUGUCCUCAUUCAGAUUGUCUUCCCAUGUUCUCCUCCGUGGUACGAGAACUCAUACGGCCUGGCACCAGCAAACUACUCCAUCAUAGGAGACCCUGCAGGGUUAUCGGCCAUUGACAAGCUGUUCGGCCUGGAUCUAUACGCCUCCACAUUCCAUGCCUCCCCCAUGGUGUUUGGCGCAUUCCCCUCUCUACACUCUGGCUGGGCUACCCUCGAGACGCUGUUUAUGGGACACGUCUUCCCCAGGCUCUUCCCCGUGUACGUUUUCUACACCAUGUGGCUGUGGUGGUCCACAAUGUACUUCUCGCACCACUACGCUGUAGAUCUGGUUGCUGGCAGUCUGCUUGCUGGAAUCUGUUACUUCUUCAGCCGUGCCAACUUCCUCCCCCGCCCGCAAGCCGACAAGGAGUUCCGCUGGGACUACGAUUACGUUGAGGUUGGCGACCCUGCCGACGGCGCUGGUUACCACAUGCUCGACAUCUACGAGGAAUUCCAACCCCACUCCGACUCGGACGACUGGGCCAGCGGCUCCUCCUCAUCCUACUCAACCGGCGGCAGAAGCCCCAUCGGCGAACGCUCCCCCACCGACGAUACGCACAGCCUCUGGGACGGCGACACUGUUGCAUCAGAUACUGAGACGUCCCGGUAA